AUGGACCAGAACGCUUCGGUAAACUGUACUAACUCCCCACAUGGACACGUGGUGGAGCAGUACAUGUACCCAACGGCUUACUCGCUGUUCUUCAUCAUUGGAUUUCCUGCAAACUGUCUGUCCCUGUACGUGGCCUGGGUUCUGAUGAAGAAAGGCAAUAAUUUGGCAGUUUAUCUGAUUAAUUUGUCAGUCGGAGAUCUGCUGUAUAUCCUCACUCUUCCCGUUUGGAUCAUGAUGGCAUUCGGAUAUGAGCUGAACGACAGUCUGUGCAGUGUUAUAGCAGUGGUCAUGUUCAACAGCUUCUAUGUGGGUUCAGGCUUUCUGUGCUGCAUCUCUGUGGACCGAUAUUUAGCCAUCGUGUUUCCGCUGUAUUUUGCACGUGUACGAGAGGUCAGAACUGCAGUAUUGGUGAGCGCCAUUGUAUGGCUGGUGGAGAUCGUGCUUCAUGUGGGUCUUCUGACUUACACAGAGGCGAUCGGGAACUUUUCUGCCGGUCGUAUGUGCGAGGAGCCAAUGAUAAUGAGCGCCGCCACCGCCAACAUGGCCAUCACACGCGCGGCCCUGGGAUUUCUGGUUCCUGUGCUCAUUAUGAGCUUCUGCUUCCAGGAGAUCAUCAGGGCGCUGAAGAAAAGCACCUCUACCGUGGUCAGCGAACGGAGGAAGAUUUGCCGCCUUCUCUUCUCUCUCCUUUUCACCUACCUUUUGGCUUUUACGCCCUUCCAGGUAGUGAUGUUCAUCAGAGGACUGCUGGAGCCCGGAAACUGCAGCGUCGCACACUAUCUCAGAGACUAUUACAUGGUGUUUGUGGCUACGACUACAAUAAACAGUGUUUUAGACCCCAUCCUUUAUUGUCUCAUAAGUGACAGUGCCAAAACUGAAAUGAAACGACUUUUUAAGCUCUGUGAGGAACAAUUCAGUAAGAUGUAUUCAUCUGUGGUGAAACCCUGA